AUGCAUUCAGAUUGCUGCAAUGCAGGCUACUUAGCUUGCUCUGAGUAUAAUCUCUUCUUUCCUGGUUCAGAAACCCUGAAGCUAUAUACAGUGUUUGAAGAGGUUCUGCAGAGGGGGUACCGAAUAACAAAGUCGCAUCAAACCCUUGGUGGUAAUGGAGCAAGCAGGCUCUUCAGAAUUGUCGCCGACUCCGGUUAUAUCACGAUUGGAUCGGUUUACGACAUCGAGGAGAAACACAGCCUAUCUGGAGAGUUGAGCCUGACGCUGCCAACGGAGCCUGGCAAAGAACGCAGGCCUCUGGAAUCUGUGCUUGAGGAGGUUCCUGUGAAAGGGUCUCUUGUGGAGAGAGUGGCGUCGCUCGAGCAUCGAGUAGUAAAGUUAAGUGUACAGUUGGAGGAAGAAAGAUUAAGAUUGAAGCCUGCCAUACUACCAACGCCUGAAGACUGCACAUGCAACUCAACAGCAAAGAAAAAGGAGAAUGGCCUGAAAUCAAUAAGCGAAGAAGAUCACCAAGAAAUGAAUGAAGAGAAGGCGAUUGAGGACGAGUGCUUGCGGUCGUCAUCGGGCUGCAGGGCGAGCUGGAGAAGGAUUCAUCAUCCCAUACUCCUCGUCCUGCAGUCGCUUUACCGUGGUACUGCUUACGGAAUAACUUUCGGUCAUGAAAUUACUUCGGAAAGAUGCUUAAGAAAGUUCUGA